AUGAACGUUGAAAGACCCGAGCUACCACCGAAGCCUGGUAAUAAUGCUGUUGAAACUGCAGCUAACGCUGUUCCACUACCAGAAAGCGUAAAUCUGUUACCGGUAAAGGCCAUUGAGGAGUUAACUUCCACUCAUCGAGAUAAGCUAAAGGAUUAUGUCAUGAGGUUUGAGAAUUGUGCAGAUAUUCGGGCUGGGAGCCAACAGUUGAAGGACGAGUUGCAGGUACUUUUACAAGAGUUCGAAAGUAUACAGGCUCGUCGAGAGAAAGUUAUGACAAAAUUUAGCUUCGUUAAGGGUUUGGAAUCCGAGUACGAGGCGUCUUGGGAGACGCUUAACGGCUUGAUUUCGACAAGGUACGGCGAAAAUGCCCUCAGAGACAGAAUGAAAAGUGACCUGGGGAUGUUGAACUCGCAAGCAACUGCGUUAGAAUCUAAUCAUGACUUGGGAAUGGAUCAGUUCAUUCAACAACACUUAGAACUAAAAGAGAUAUAUCAUCUCAAGAGACAGUUGCUACAUUCAUGGCAUUAA